AUGGCUCCCAAACGACACGCGGCCUCAACCACCUCCGCACCAGUAUCAUCUACCCCGACAACGACAACCCUCUCCUCAGGCCCAGUAACCUUGAAAUCCAAUGCUUCCCCCGUUGAUAUUGCUGCCAAUGUCUGGCAGCAAUACAUUACCUCCACCUCUCAGCGCACAUUGCUCCUAGACGCCUUUAUGGUCUUUCUAGUUCUUGUCGGCGGAUUGCAGUUCGUGUAUUGCGUUCUGGCUGGAAACUACCCCUUCAAUGCCUUCCUGAGUGGUUUCAGCGCUUCUGUUGGCCAGUUUGUGCUUACCGCUUCUUUGCGCAUGCAAACAAGUGAUACCAGCUCUGGGGCGUUGUCAAGUAAGCCCAGCUCCAAGGGAAAGAAUGCCCGAUUCGUGGAUGAUGAGGAACAGGUUCCUGGUAUCUCUCACGAGAGGGCUUUUGCCGAUUAUAUCUUCGGAAGUCUUAUUCUACACUUCUUCUGUAUCAACUUUAUCAACUAA